UCAUUUCGUUCCGAUAUUGGGAGAAUUUCGUCAGUUGUGAUUGGGAAAUAACAAGAUCUUUUAGACUUGGAUUUCAAGAACGACAAAAAACAAUUGGACAGAUGUCGAUUCAAAACAGCCGCUCUAUAUUCUAUCAUCAAAAUGAUGGUCAUAGUUGGUUUAUGUUUCCUGAUUCACUUUGUCAUCAACAAGAAUCAAUCCCUCGUUCAUGGGACAAAGACUUACUUCAGACAAUAUCGACCAAGUGCUAUAUGCUCAAGUAUCACACACUCUCUCUGGAAUGCCGUUAUCACAAACUGUCUCUGUUCUUUGGCUGCGUUUUACUUCGGGAGAAUCGCCUGUCAGACGAAUAUGCAAGUGCAAGCUUAUUCUUUCCCACUGAUGCUUGUGACGCCGAUAAUGGCUACUAUGACAUCAUUAUACACGAUGUAUGGUGCAAAAAUUGGAAUGAGACUCAUGGACUACUUUUCUCUUUCCGUUUCUUCUCAGUAUUUGAACAACGUCGUCGGCUGGAAGACGACUCUACAAAGCGUAGAAUCAUGGCAAAUGGCUGUCAUUGUCGUGGCAGGGCUGAUAGUUGGAUGGGUGUCUUUACUGCUGCUAACCUCCUUCAUCUGGAAACCUAGACAAGUCAGGCUGUCAAGAACCGAAGUUCUCUUCAUUAAACCCAUCUACUCUGGGAUCCUGAUCAAUGAAGAUCUGAUGUUGAACCGACGCCAGUAUCAAGGCCUUUACACCACUAGAAAGAACAGAGAGCAAGAACUAGAACGCGCUGAAGAGAUACGAAAACAAACUAACAAGAGAGGAAGUGGACGUCGAUCAACCAGAAGGUCCAGACGGUUAACCAUGAACGCAGACCGGAGGUUCACCCCUCAAGUAUUCUUGUGCGCCACCAUGUGGCAUGAAACUGAACAAGAGAUGACGCAGUUAUUGACCAGUAUUAUGAGACUUGAUAAAGACCAGGGUGAAAGAAGGCCAAAUGCGAGGAAGGAUCCGGAUUUCUAUAACUUUCAGGUUCACGUGCUGUUUGACGAUGCGAUGGAUGUGACAGCGGAUGGACCCAAGCCGAACAAAUUCGUUAACAUGUUGAUUGACCUCAUCCCUUUUGCCGCCAACAAAGUGGAACUUGGACAAGGAGACACCCUAUCGCACCCAGUAAUUUAUCCGACACCGUACGGAGGAAGACUUGAAUUUGUGCUGCCAUACGGCAACCUAUUCCACGUGCAUCUGAAGGAUAAGUCUAAAAUAAGGCAUCGUAAACGCUGGUCACAAUGCAUGUACAUGUAUUACAUUCUCGGUUAUCUCCACAAGACGAAGAAAGCUUAUAAAAGAGAAGACGUUUUUAUCUUGGCGCUAGAUGGCGAUGUUGAUUUUCAACCUAAAGCCCUCCUACUCCUCCUCGACCGAAUGAAACGAAAUCCAGACGUUGGCGCCGCUUGCGGCAGGAUUCACCCGACAGGAAGCGGACCGGUAGUAUGGUUCCAAAAAUUCGAAUACGCGGUUGGACAUUGGCUACAAAAAACAGCAGAGCACGUUCUAGGAUGCGUAUUGUGCAGCCCAGGUUGUUUCAGUUUAUUCCGCGGUGAAGCUCUUAUGGAUGUGAACGUUGUGAACAUGUACACGACUAAAGCUACUGAAGCAUUGCAUUACAUUCAAUGGGAUCAAGGGGAAGAUCGUUGGCUUUGUACUUUGCUUUUAAAACAAGGAUGGAGAAUUGAAUAUUCCGCGGCUUCGGAUUCGUUUACAUUCGCUCCUGAAGAAUUUAAAGAAUUUUUCAAUCAGAGACGACGUUGGGGACCUUCCACCAUGGCAAAUGUUUUUGACAUCCUGAUGAACGCUGGUUUGACUGUGAGAAAUAAUGAUUACAUAUCUUGGGGAUACAUUGCUUAUCAGAUGGGACUAAUGGCUUCAUCAAUUCUUGGUCCCGCCACCGUGGUCCUAGUUGUACAGGGUGCAUUUGCGUACGUGUUUGGUAUGACACCUGUCGGAUCAUUGAUGGUCGCCCUCAUACCUGUUAUCAUCUUUGUAAUCCUUUGUUACACAACAAAGCCGGACUUUCAACUUGCUGUAGCGGGGAUUUUAACAAUUGUCUACGCAUUGGUUAUGAUGGCUGUACUUGUCGGUAUCAUCGGACAAAUGACUCAAACACUUCUAAAUCCAAAUUCAAUUUUUAUGUUGGCCAUGAUAUUCAUGUAUGCCUUCACGGGUAUAAUCCAUCCAACUGAGAUGCUCUGCCUUCUACACGGAUUAUUGUAUUACUUAUUGGUUCCAUCCGCUUUUAUUCUCCUGAUGGUAUACAGUUUGUGCAACAUGAACAAUGUCUCAUGGGGAACACGGGAAGUCAGGAAACCUGUUCUGGACGCCGAAGCGCAGCAACAAGCUCUUCAAGUAAGUAAAAUAGUUUUUAAAGAGAUUUCUCAAAGUAAUGCCACAUGCACUCGCACAUUUCCCACCGCAGUGUGGACUUGCAAGUCCGAUGUUAAUGCAGGGAAUUGGCCAAGAAAAAACGAGGCAAAAGGGAAGAGUAUGCAGAUAGGCCCGACGACUUUAUACGACGCUCAGCAAUCAACAGCAGAGGGCUACUAUAGCUGCGGACUUGGCAACCUUUGUCAAUGUGCGUUGUGUAUUAACCCGGCCCCCGCCCCUCCCCCGCCUCCAAAACAACCAGCCUAUCAGCGCCUUGCAACAGAAGAUCCCUUUCGAAGACAAAGCAUGAUGCAUCGCCCUGUUACGGGGGUUGACAGAAGCGAAAUGAUAAGAAAGUACAGCAUGGCAAAAUCUCAAUUUAUGGGACAGAAAGAUCGUGACCCAGGUGAAGUCGAACGAAGUCUCAGUAGGAAGAUGUCACUGCAUGAACUGCGUUUCAUGAUGGCUAACAAUCAGGAUCUGGACGAUGUUGCUUCGCUGAGGAAAUCUGUGAAACGCCGAAGAGAUACCACUAGAAAAGAGUCAGCAUCGCUUGCCAGAGCUCAACAACUUGCGAAAGAGAUUGAAGAAGAAGAAGGAAGAAAGAUUAAUGGCGUCACCGGAGCAGACUCGGACGAUGACGAUAGCAUUGAUGACGUAGAAAGUGAGCGACUUCAAGACGAAGAGGAGGAAGGGUUGUACUGGAUUGUUGACGGACCAAUGACCGAUGGAAUUAUUGAAUACCUUGACGACCAAGAACAUGAGUUCUGGAAACUGAUGAUCAAUAAGUAUUUGUUGCCACUUGAAGAAAAUAAAGCAGAUCAAGCACGAAUCAAAGAUGACCUUAUACAGCUUCGUAACAAGAUGACGGGAGCAUACUUUCUGAUCAACGGCUUAUGGAUCGUGCUGACUUUCUCACUGACACUUGCUAUCCAGGAUAUCAACAUUACUUUCUAUGAUAAGAACGGAAAUGAGAUUGUGCUUCAACCUCUGGCGUUCCUCUUCUUGAUUUUCUUCCUAAUUAUUCUCGUGAUCCAGUUCUUGACUAUGCUCGUCCAUAGAUGGUCCACAUUUGUUCAUCUCAUGUCUGUAACAGAUUUCGGCUUCAGAACUAACAGAUACGGGAGCAAGAAAAGCAAAAGCGACUCCAAACUUGAAGAUGAUGAUUCUAAUAACAACAAAGGAAGAAAAAAGAAGAAGCGAAACGGUGAUCAACACGUAGAGAUCGAAGAACAACAAGAGGGGAGCCAGUACACGCAUGAUAACCAGGCCUAUGAGUCGAAUUUCAGCUUUAAAGGAAAUCAGACCCAGUAUGAUACCAGCAGAGCGCAGACUAUCAGUGAAGGAUCGGAUAUUGAAAACAACUACGAUCAACUCGGAAUUGGACCCGUUUCAUCCAUAAGAUGGAGUAACGGACAUCACCCUGGUAUGGCUGAAGCUCUUGGGUCAGCGGGGGCUACCUCGAACGUGGAAGAAGAACCCACGUACAGUGAGAUCGGUGCUCAACAACGUAGUAACGGAGGAAAAAAUUCCCUCGACAUGAAUGCUAUUUUCGGAAAUCAACCACGAGAUGGCGCUCAAUCACCUGAUGAACAGGAUAAGAUGGAUAACACCGCAUUUUAAAUUUAUUUUCAACUUUUAUGACGUCAUAAAAUGCUUAAUAUAUGAUUGUUGCAGCAUUUUUCUUGUGUAUGAAAUCAUAAAACGCUUAUUAUAUGACUGUUGCAGGAUAGUGUUAUUUGAAUUUCAAAUUUCCCUUUGUGUAUGACAUCAUAAAAUGCUUAUUAUAUGAUUGUUGCAGCAUAGUGUUAUUUGAAUUUC